AUGAGUUCUCUGGGGCGUACAACAUUAAGAUGGUGGUUCAAGAUGCUAAGUCUUCAACGGCAAUCGCACCUCUCAUGGCAUCGAGACCGACUUCGAGAGGAACUACGCGAGCGUCGACUUGCAGAGACAGGUUGGCAAAAGCUUAGUGAGACUUCAGAUGUUCUUUUCUCGAUCACCCGGGCCCAAUACGAUGGGUUUCCAACGCGGAAUCCUUCUUGUUUGUCCGGCUUCCACUCCAGCCCGAUAUAUAUGUACAUGCUGGCAAAGUACACAUCGCGAUGGUCAUUUUUCAAAGUGGCUGCCCUUUUAUGUAAUGCCCGGCACUGGAACCUGGUACAUGAGGUAGUGAACCCAGGCAAAGAUCACAAACUCACUGAAGUCGCUUCCCGCCACAUGAUUGAUGAGAAGACCUUUCAGCGAGUUAGCGGUCAGCUGAGGCGCAUCUGGCCACUGUUUCCUUGA